CCAUCUCCUUGAUUAAACCGGCAGCCUGAAGGGGAGUCGCAGCGGAGUGUGGAGCAGCAGUCAGACGGAGGAAUGAGAGCGGACCUAGACUUGGCACCUCCACCAUGCAGCCGACGACCACCACCACCACCACCACCAGCCGUCCAGUUUCUACAAUUACAUGAGCCGAUGAACGCCAGUUUGUCUGUGUCUUGCAGACGGGCAGCAGAAGUGAGCAGUCCCGGAGAUGAACACAUAGGCCAACGCCUCGCUGCAGCUACAUACAGGGAAUGAAAACGCUCCCAAGAUGGUCCGCAUCGCCAAGGCCCUCGGUUUGGUUAUUCUGUGCGUCGCUGUGCUCAUACUGUCGCUCAUCAGCUAUGUGUCCCUUAGGAAAGACAGCCUCUUCACCUCCUCUAAAUACUACAUGGGAGGACCGAGGAUAAUGUUUCAUGCAGGAUUUCGGUCUCAGUUUGCCAUGAACUUCCUGGACCCCUCCUUCAUCCCAUUAACCAAUGCCCUGAAUGAAGAGCUUCAAGGAAAACCAUACAAAUGGAAGUUCAACAAGACAGCUUUUUAUCAGCAGAGGAAAGAUAUCUUCAACUACAUCGACAUUCCCAAAAACUUCUCCCUCACAAAGAAUAGUGUACGUGUGGGCCAGCUGAUGCACUUUGACUACUCCAGCCACAAAUAUGUCUUCUCGAUCAGCAACAACUUCAAAUCCCUGCUCCCGGAUACCUCUCCCAUCCGCAACAAGCAUUACAGCAUAUGCUCUGUGGUGGGAAACAGUGGCAUCCUGACAGGUAGCCACUGCGGCCCAGAGAUCGACCAGGCCGACUUUGUCUUCCGCUGCAACUUUGCCCCCACCGAUGUCUACUCAAAGGAUGUGGGAAAGAAGACCAACCUGACCACCUUCAACCCCAGCAUCCUGGAGAGGUACUACAAUAACCUCUUGACCAUUCAAGACAGGAAUAACUUCUUCCUCAACCUGAAGAAGCUGGAGGGAGCCAUCCUGUGGAUCCCUGCCUUCUUCCUUCAUACCUCAGCCACAGUAACCAGGACCCUGGUGGACUUCUUUGUGGAGCACAAGGGCCAACUGAAGGUCGAACUGGCCUGGCCUGGAAACAUCAUGCAUGAUGUCAACAAAUACUGGAAAACUAAAAACCUCUCCCCUAAACGCCUCAGCACUGGAAUCCUCAUGUACACUCUGGCCUCUGCCAUGUGCGACGAGAUCCACCUCUACGGCUUCUGGCCCUUUGGCUGGGACCCCAACACGGGAAAGGAUCUGCCUUACCACUACUACGACAAGAAAGGGACCAAAUUCACCACCAAGUGGCAGGAGACCCAUCAGCUGCCCACCGAGUUCAAGCUGCUCUACAAGCUGCACCGGGAAGGCGUGAUCAGACUCAGCCUGACGCACUGCUCUUAGGCACACAAUGAGUGCUGGAUGGUUGAAGAGGUGACUCCAAAGAUGGUGACCCAGAUCCGUCAGCUCAGCUUACACUUUUGUUGUGGCCCACAGUGCAUGAUUAGAGUUAAGUCAGUUUUUGACACCCACAUUUCACAAACAUGCACUCACAUCACACUGUAAUGCCACAUGAAGAUGUCAGGCUCACUCGGGAUGUAAAUCACAGCGUUGUUACUCAUCCAGUAUGUUGUUGUCUUCAGUACCACAAUUAGGACUUUUAUGCUGCUCAGUUGCUUCCAUUGAUCUCCUUUGCAUGGCUGAUGGCUGAUGGCCGUGGCUAAACAGCUCGAUCUUAACAAACGUCUGUUUUAACUGCAGGGGAUUCUGCUGUGGAAACGCCAGCAGUGAAAUCUUCAAGUUCUGUUUGACAUGGUGUUGAUUGAUUAAUCGCCUUUUACAACAGUAUACUGAUUCUGUACACUGAAAUCACUGCCUAAUCUCAGGGAAGGAGUUAGAUCAGUGUUUUUUUGUAAUCAGAUUUAAUGCCUCAAGAGAGGUGUAGUUUCUGUUUUCAGGCCUUUCCCCCCAAGAGGUGUGCCACAAGCUGCACUACUCUGGAAGAUGGUAUGUGUUUACAAGAUUGUGCUCUAUAUAAAUAUAAAUAUACUUGUGUGUCUUUUACUCUCUGUAGACAGUCGUGACAGACUGUCCACUUCAAAUUUUGCUGAAAGUUUUUGGAAUAAUAAUCAACAUUCCAACAAUAAGCCAUAAAUUCAUGGACAAAUGGGGUGUGUUGUGCUAACAUGCUGGACUCCUGAGAGUAGUAUCAGCCUACAUUAGGUUCUGAGACUAUAACACGAGAUAUCUGCAAAAAAGAGACUACGUCUAUGGUCACGCCAGCGACUUCAUUAAUGUCACAAUGCCGAAUUAGCAAGCAAUGCAUGGAAAAAACAAUAAUGCUGUUUACAAACUCUAACAGCUCUUCCUAAAUUGUUUUCAGUUCAUUAGACUUGUUGAACCCUCUGGAUUAAAUAUAUUUAGUCUACUGUAUGUUUAAGAAAGGAUUUUUAACUUGUAACCCACGUUGCUGUACCCUAUAUGUAUCCAGGAAGCUGGAAAUCAUACAUUUCCUUGCUCUUCUUCAACAUAGGGAAAAAUUGACAUUUUAUUUUUUAAAUGAAAAUUUACAAAGAGAUCCUGUAGUUGUAUCUUUGUAAAUCCUUGAAGUUUUUUAGAAGUAACUUUUGAUUUGAUAAAGUCACUGCCCCCCCAAGAAAAAGGAACCUUUAAAAACAAUUAUCCUUAUAAACUUUGUAUUGUUUAAACAAACAAGAAGUAAGAUGUUAUACGGACUUUUUAAGGUUUUUGUAGUUGCACUCCCGUUAUCUUUGGACAGGGCCUGUAGCUGUUUUUUUCAAAAGUUGUUUUCAAAGUUUAGUCUUAACAGCUAACAAGCUAUGACUCCGACAAACUCUCACAAGCAGGGGCGUGUACCCAAGGUGCCAACCCAAAAUCCAAAUCUACGAUUGGCUAUGUGUCUAAUCAGAGGCGGAACUUAAGUACAAAUCAACUAUUCUGGCUGUUUCCACAUGCUAAUGUUAGUACUUUUAGUUGUGUAUAUUUAUUUUACUCUUUCCAUGAACAUUUCCAAAGUUUUUAAAUUGAGAAACUUAUAUAUAAAUGUGGUUUCAUAUUAACUUUAGAAUUACACACGUAAGCAUUGUUUGAAUUUGUAAACAGCUGCAACUGAAGGGUUUUGUGACCUACAAUGAGGCGUUAGCGUGGCUACAAACAUCAGGAAAUAACAUUUGGACACAGUUUCUUCAAAAAGUGAAUACCAACAACUAUUCCGAGUUUUGCCACUAUCUUAAUUACAAAAAUAAUGAAUUAGAAUUGUGAUAUUUAUAAAUGAGCUUUUCUUGGUAGAGAAAAAGCUAUUUAUUUGCCAUGUAUCUAUAUCAAUUUCAAUAUUUAUGACCUAAAACAGAGUAAUGAAUGAACGUUAUAUGACAUAUUGCAUCUUGUAUAAAGAGCAUGAUCCAUUUUAAUGGCAUAGCAUGUGAGGCACUAACAAAUCUUUUGAGCUAGUUUUUUACAACCUUUUUGAUGAUUGUUUGAUGGAAAAAUUUAGUUAUUUGCUUUUCUUUAUUUUCCUGGUGGUUUUUUCCUUAAGAGUAUCGCCAGUGUCUUUGUAUGAGAUGUUUGAAGACUAAAAAAUGAACUUCUAUAUUUCACGUGGGACCAAACCUCUGCAGAUAAACUAAAUAUCAACAGCAUUAUUUUUUUUGUAAAAGUAGGUCAUCUUUGGAGUUUAAUUAUGCCAGACUGAAGCCAAGAGGUGGAUAUGGCGUUCAGGACUGGGCCCAAACACUGAAAGCUGGCCACAUGACCAUCUCAUGACCAUGCAACAUGUGCUCCUUGUUGCAAAUUCUGGCUGAGACCAAGCUUUAAUACACAGAGCAAUGCAGUCAUUUACACUUUCCAGAUGUAGUGUGUGCUUUCGUGCUCACUCAGAAUUACUGUGGCAGGCAUUUCCUUGCUACCCUUUCCUCACACAAAGAAAUUAUUCUUUGUCUGUCUCCCCCGGCAACUCUGAAAAUUUAUUUUUUUUGUCCCCUUAGGCAACACUGAACAUUUUUUGACAACUAACUUUUGUCUCGUCUGUAACUCAGUCACCACGACAGCCAUGAAAACACAUAUCUGAUUGAAGUCUGAAAAUCUAAUCUUUAGGCAAUUUUUUUUAUUGGUCAUUGAUGUGUAUGGAUAAUUUCUGUAGUCUCUUCAUUAGGAAUGUUUUGUAUGUACACCAAAGACCAUUUGUUUAAAAGGAGAAAGAAAUGUUACUUAAGCUUCAUACAGAUUUUUUUUUUUGGGGGGGGGGAUUUGUGACCCUGUAUGUUUACUAACAAGUAUAAGUAGAAGAAGUGUAGUAUCCUCUUUUUGGUGUCGAGUUUCAUGUUGAUCACUUUUUGUGGCACACAAAUCAUUCAAAUGGUUUGCUUUUUUGACUGCAGCCAAAGUAUUGUUGUGAAACUUAUUUGUGACUCCAUGAAUGUCCUCCUAGGGAUUGACUUGUCUGAAUAAUCUGCUGAUGUGUGCUGGAAAUUCUCCAAUAGGCAUCUUUUAAUUUUUUUAAGCAAUCUGUAGAAUGUGUGUAAAACAAUAAUGAUACUAACAAAGUCUGUGAGGAUUGUAAUUCCAGUAAGAACAACAGUAAAGCUUUUUUGUGCAUUACAUUUAAAUGACAAAACUGUGACAUUCACAACUUAACCAUAAAGUGUUUUUAUUCCAAAUGCAGCACCAUACAUGAGACGUUCCGACAGCCCUUUAACAUUCUUGUAAUUGUGUUCGAUCUGCAUGGCAACUAUGUUCCAUAAUGCAUAAAAAAGCUUGGCUGCUUAUGUACAUAUCGUAUAAAAGUCAUAAAUCAUUCAAGGGACUUUGCUAUCUUGGUUGUUCUAACAAAACCGAUCAUACAUAUAGGAAAUGUAACCAUGUCUUCAAUGUUUUUUGAGUAUACUUUACGAUAAAUAUAUGUUAUGUGCCUGCAUAUUCCUUCCAUCAAUGCCUAAUGUGUCAAAUAAAACAGUAUUUUUCUCUGAUUUGA